AAAAAAAUGAAAUUUACACUUCUAGCCUUAUUCCUUCUCUUUUCUUUGGGCUCACAAUUACUUCUUGGAGCAUCAAAUGCUUCACCUGAAGAAGUUCUUGACACUUCAGGCAAGAAGCUAAGAACCGACACCAAUUACUACAUCAUUCCGGCCAAGCCCUUCAUCAUAUGCGGCAUUGUUAGCUGCUUUAAUGGCGGAGGGCUUGUCCUGGACACCUUCGACGAAACAUGUCCUCUUGAUGUUAUGAUUGAGAAAGCAAAUGACGGUCUUCCACUUCAAUUCUCACCUAUUAACCCUAAAAUGGGUGUUAUUCGAGUCUCUACAGAUCUCAACAUCAUGUUCUCCGCCGCGGACCAAAAUAAUUGCCCCCAAUACUCCACCGUGUGGAAGCUUGGUGACUAUGAUGCUUCUAAUGGACAAACAUUUGUGAGCACUGGGGGUGAUUUUGGAAAUCCAAGUUCCCAAACCAUAAAAAGUUGGUUUAAGAUUGAGAAGUACGAGGAUGCUUAUAAGUUGGUGUAUUGCCCUAGCGUGUGCAAAUCUUGUAAGCAUUUGUGCAAAGAUAUUGGCAUCUUUGAGGAUAAGAAUAAGAGGAUGCAUUUGGCUCUAAGUGAUGAUCCCUUCAAAGUUAAGUUCAAGAAAGUUUAAUGUUCAUCAAAGCUUUCUCCCAUUUGAUUUGUAUUUGCACUGUGUGUUUAUUUAUCAGGAUUCUUAAUUAAGUUAGGUUUCCUUGUUAAAGAAAUAUAAAUAAAGGUAUGAAACUAUGAAUAAGGAAAAUAUGAUAUUCUCCUAGCUUUACUAAUACUAUUUUUGCAU